UCAAAAUCGUCUCCAAGAGAAGGCCAGAAAGGUUUCAGAGCUCCGUGGAAGUGUGUCGGCUUCGUGCCUCCUUCGAUCGCGCUCUCGCUCCUCAUGAGCCCCAAGGACAAUUUAAAGGAUAUUGAGAAAACCCAAUUGAGAAUUCCGCCUUCCUUUAGAAGAAAAAACUGCCAACUUGCAAAUGAUGGUUAAAUUCACCAGAGGAAUGACGGUGAUGUUAUGGUGAUUGAUGUUCGGUGUGUUCCAAAUAAUUAUCAUGCCAAAUAUAAGGCUCAGGAGCGCACGUAGGUUCAAGUACUUGUAUUUUGAGCAGCUUUUCCGUUACUAUGAUCAACAUCAGCAGCGUGAUCCAAUUUUUUUUAUUUCUCAUUUAAAGAUAACACCUUAGCCCUUCUCUAAGGACCAUAGUCAAUGAUUCGUGAACCGGAAGAAUGCAGAGUUAUUGUUGGAUCUCAUGAUUCUAGCUCCUUCAGGGCAGCUGGUUGCCAGAUUCAUGAGCAAGAAUCAGCUCUUGUUACUCACCAAACUGCCUUCUAUUACUUCCUUGACCGAAGGACUUUUAACCGCAAUCUCCAUGUUUUAAAGGCUUUGCAUCGGAAAGGUGAAUAAAAGAAGUUGCAAUUCGACGAGGCCAAUCAAAUUUUCUAAUUCAAGCUUGGUUUGAUUUAAGUGACUCAAUAGGAUCCGCGUCUUUUGAAAUGGGUCUCCAAUCGGGUCGAGUCGAGCUACUGAGUUGACUCAGUAUCUUAUGUCAGUUUUAACCUCUACUACACUUGUUACCAAACACAUUUUAGUCAAUAACUGAGUGGCAUUCAGCGUAAAUACAUUGAUUUUUUCUAUUGUUUGACAAAACGACUUCUCGAAUAAUAUUAUAGAGAUAUGUACAUAUUAUUAAAUGUAAAAUUAUAUGUUUUUUUAACAUGUUACUUUAUUUCUUUUAUCUUGUAA